AUGAACAACCAGGUCAACGGAGCAGGCAACGGUGCAGCAGGCAGCAGUAAUGGUGCAGGCAAUGGCAAUAAUGUCCAGCAGCAACAGCAGCAGCAACAUAUGAACCCUCAAACUACCCCAACUCAACAAUCGGCUGUCCCGGUGUCUGCAGGCCAGCCUGGGAUUCAGAAUGGCAACCAGCGAACCCAACGGUUGACCCAGCAGGAUGCCACAAACUUACUGACUCGCUAUAAUCAACUGGUUACUGCAGCUUUCCAGGCCCCAAAGGGCUCAGAUACCCAGCGUCAAUAUUUCACAGAAGCCCAGCGAAUUAAAGCUGUGCUUGAAAUGUUUCAAGGUCCUCGAGCACAAGCUGCGGUAGCAGGACAAGCACAAGCAGGGCAGCAGCAACAACAACAAGGACAAGUAUCUCCACAGAUCAGAGUGGCUACAACGCAAGGCCAGGCUAAUCCUGGUACAGUAAAUCAACGACCAUCACCCGUAGUCACUGCCCCAAGACUGGCAGCUCAGCCUGGGACUUCUGCGCCGCAACAGCCUACUCUAACUCCACAACAACAGCAACAACAGCAAAUACAGUUUGCAAUAGUUCAAAAGCAACUUCAGGCAAUGCUGCAGAAUGGCCGGCUGCCUCCAGGGACUCAACUGACACCGCAACAGAUCCAGGUAUUGCAAGUAAUGCAAAUUCGUCGACAUAAUAUCCAGAAACAACAGUUGCAACAACAACAACAACAACAACAACAACAACAACAACAACAACAACAACAACAACAACAACAACAACAACAACAACAACAGCAGCAACAGCAGCAGCAGCAACAGCAGCAGCAGCAACAGCAGCAGCAGCAACAGCAGCUACAACAACAACAGCAGCAACAGCAGCAGCAACAACAACAGCAGCAACAGCAGCAACAGCAGCAACAGCAGCAACAGCAGCAACAGCAGCAACAGCAGCAACAGCAACAACAACAACAACAUCAACAACAACAACAGCUGCAACCGCAACAACAACAGCAACAGCAGCAACGACAACAGCUACAACCACAACAACAGUUGCAACCACAACAACAGUUGCAACCACAACAACAGUUGCAACCUCAACAGCAGCAACAGCUGCAACAGCAGCCUCAGCAGCAACAACAAACUGCUCCAGUAGUGACUACAGUUGGACCAAUACCAGGAACACAACUAAAUACCACAGUAGGCAUAGCAUCUAUACCUGGAAGUACACCCGGAAAUGGCCCAAGCCUCGUGAAACUGAAUGGAGAGGCUUUGACGCAGGCCCAGAUUCAAGCACUGCGGAUCAACAAGAUAUAUGGCAUUCGGGCGAAGCAAGUGGCCGAUUUGCGCAAGGGAAUCCGGACUUUGGAAACACAGGUGGAGAGCUACACAAACGCAUUAUCGAGACCUAACCUGGCCACUGAUAUCCUAACCAAGUUCCGCACAAUGCUGGUCGAGUGCCAAGAUAAACUAAAAGAUAUGCGGAUAGUAGAAGCUCAAAUGGUGACACAGUUGCAAACUGCAAAUACUCAUCUCCAGCAGCUUGUUGCACAGAGCCCAGACCCAAGAAAGUUUAUGGAUUUUUUGAAUGCCCAAAGACAACAACAACUACUACAACAACAGCAACAGCAACAGCAACAGCAACAGCAACAGCAACAGCAACAGCAACAGCAACAGCAGCAGCAGCAGCAGCAACAGCAGCAGCAGCAACAGCAGCAGCAGCAACAGCAGCAGCAGCAACAACAACAGCAGCAGCAACAACAGCAGCAGCAACAACAACAGCAGCAGCAGCAGCAGCAACAACAACAACAACAACAGCAGAAGCAACAACAACAAACCAAUGGCCACUUAAACACAAAUGUGGUGGCCACUGCAAUGCUUAGCAGACAGGCGUCUCCCGUAAAUGGUGCUGCAAUCCCUUCACCAACAAUAGUCAAUGCUGUUACUAUUGAAAAUGGCCGGGCCCCCACUGCAAGACCUACUUCUCGGUCUCCUGCUAAUACCCCGAUCCAACAACAUAUUACUACCCCUGUGAUUGCCACAGCAUCGUCACCUGUCAAUGGACUUAUGGGCGCAGCAGCGGUUGGCCAGACUGGUGCCAAUGCUACAAUAAAUGGGGUUUCAAGAACUUCGACUCCGGCAGUCGCUCAAGCAGGUAGCCCACAUGUGAGCCGUGCGCAGUCUCCGCUAGCAGGACCACCAGUGGAUGCAUCGACUGUAAAACAGAAGUUAGUGCCUGCGCCAGUUGCUUCACUAGCACAACAGCAACAGCAACAGCAACAGCAGCAGCAACAGCAGCAGCAACAGCAGCAGCAACAGCAGCAGCAACAGCAACAGCAACAGCAACAGCAACAGCAACAGCAACAGCAACAGCAACAGCAACAGCAACAGCAACAGCAACAGCAACAGCAACAGCAACAGCAACAGCAACAGCAACAGCAACAGCAACAGCAACAGCAACAGCAACAGCAACAGCAACAGCAACAGCAACAGCAACAGCAACAGCAACAGCAACAGCAACAGCAACAGCAACAGCAACAGCAACAGCAACAGCAACAGCAACAGCAACAGCAACAGCAACAGCAACAGCAACCGCAACAGCAACAGCAACAGCAGCAGCAACAGCAGCAGCAACAGCAACAGCAACAGCAAAGUGUACCUCCAACACCUAUAGUUGCAACAGCCACUCCGGCAACACCACAAGCUUCUAUGGGCACACCAACAGGCCCAUCUGCGCGACCUAACCCUCCUGUGAUGCUUGCACAGGCAACGCAGCCGCGACACACAGUUAUCCCAUUUCCAGAUAUUCCCGCAAAACUCGAUAUUGCACCACCCAAGCCUGUGCCUCUGCGCCAGGAGCGGCCAACACUGUCGCUGGGUGGAGCUAUUGCCGCGCCAGCUCUUACAACACCUGCAGUAGUAGCAACGCCGGUGAUUGAUUUGGGCGGCGAUCACGUUUUGGGCAAGCGUAAGCUGCGUGCGCUUGUGCACAGUGUUGUCGGUGCCGAGUGCGAGCGCAUGGUGGACGGCAAUGUGGAGGAAACGUUGUUUGAUGUGGCCGACGAGUUUGUACGCAGCGUUACUGCAUUUGCGUGCCGGCUCGCCAAACAUCGCAGGUCCGAAGUACUGGAACCAAAGGAUCUACAGCUUCAUCUUGAGCGUAACUGGAAUAUCCGUGUGCCCGGGUUUGCAGCAGACGAGGUGCGCUCAGUGCGUCGGGUCGCGCCCACAACAGCCUACAAUGGUAAGAUUUCGGGCAUUAACAUGAGCCGCGCGGUGGAUGGUAAAGGGUUGUGA